CCAAUUCCUAUUCCCACCCGGGACGGAGGGGGCUGGUGAGGCGAGUGAAGGGAAAAUGGCGGCGCCCGUGCUGCCCUUGCGAGGGCUAUCCCGGGUGGGUUCCGUUUUGACGAGGGCCAGCGUGACUUCUUUUUCGGCGCUUCCCGCGCUGAGGAGAAGCUACGGGACAAGGACAUCCCCGACCGGCGAGAAAGUGACCCACACGGGGCAGGUUUAUGAAGAAUAUGACUACAGAAGAGUUAGAUUUAUUGCACGACAGAAAGAGGUGAAUGAGAACUUUGCAAUUGAUUUAAUUGCAGAGGAACCUGUGUCUGAAGUUGAAACUAGAGUUAUUUCAUGUGAUGGCGGUGGCGGAGCUCUGGGACAUCCCAAAGUGUACAUAAAUUUGGACAAAGAUACAAAAACAGGAACAUGUGGCUACUGUGGACUGCAGUUUAAGCAGAAGCACCAUCACUGAAAUGAAUUACUUUAUUCUCUUUAGAGGUGGCAACUGUUCUAUUAUAGUAUUAAAUAUAUAUUUAAAAUUUCA